GCCCUUGCCUUCCAGAUGUCCACUUACAAGCGGGCCACCCUGGACGAAGAGGAGCUGGUGGACGCCCUGGAGGGAGAGAUCUACCCCAAUGGGGUGCAGGUGAACUUCCGUGGGCCAGGAGCCAGAAAGGGCUGCUGGGCGCAGCGGACGCAGCCGGAGAAGUGCCUGUUGGUCCUGACGCUCCUCCUUCUCCUGGGCCUGUUGGCCUGCCUGUCCGUCCUGCUCUUCCAGUACCAGACGCGUGAGUUUGCUGGCCGUCCACCUGAGGCCUGCCUGAGCCAGGCCUGCAUCUCGGUGACCAGCUCCAUCCUCAGCUCGCUGGACCAAGCGGUGGACCCCUGCGAGGACUUCUUCAGCUAUGCUUGCGGCGGCUGGGUCAAGAGGAACCCCAUCCCGGACGGCCACUCCCGCUGGGGGACCUUCAACAAGCUUUGGGAGCACAACCAGGCAGCCUUGAAGAGCCUCUUGGAAAACACCACGGCCCCCUUGUCGCGGAGCGAGGCCGAGCGCAAAGUGCAGCGUUACUACCAGUCCUGCAUGAACGAGAGCCGGAUAGAGGAGCUGCAGGCCAAACCGCUGGUGGAUCAGGUCCAGAAGCUUGGAGGAUGGAAUAUCAGCGCCCCCUCGGGAGAGUACGGUUUCAACCAGACGCUGCUGGCCCUGGUAGCCCACUACCACCUCACCCCCUUCUUCUCCAUCUCGGUCAGCGUCGACUCGAAGAAUUCCAGCAGCAACAUCAUCCAGAUCGACCAGUCAGGGCUGGGGCUACCGUCCCGGAAUUACUACCUCAACAAAACCCAGAACGAGAAAGUGCUGGCGGCGUAUCUCAAUUUCAUGGUCCAGCUUGGCGUGCUGGUCAGCGGGGAGGAGGAGGCCACUGUCCGGCCGCAGAUGCAAGAAAUUCUGGACUUCGAGACCACCUUGGCCAACAUCACCACCCCCCAGGAGAAGCUUCGGGAUGAGGAACUGAUCUACCACAAAAUGCCCGCUGGGGAGCUCAAGGACCUGGCCCCGGCCAUCGACUGGAUGCCGUUGCUCAAGGAAGUCUUUGACCCGGUGGAGAUCAACGAAUCGGAGCCCGUGGUGGUCUACGCCAGGGAGUAUCUCCAACGCGUCUCCCUGCUCAUCCUGAACACGGACAAGAGGGUGUUGCGCAACUACAUGAUUUGGCACCUGGUGAGGAAAGGCGCGAGUUUCCUGGACCAGCGGUUCCAGGAAGCGGGGGAGAAGUUCUUGGAAGUCAUGUACGGAUCGAAGAAGACGUGCCUGCCCCGCUGGAAGUACUGCAUCAGCGACACCGACAACAGCCUGGGUUUCGUCUUGGGUGCCAUGUUUGUGAAGGCCACCUUUGCCGAAGACAGCCGGACGGUGGCUGAGGAGAUGAUCCUGGAGAUUAAAAGGGCGCUGGAGGAGAGCCUGGCCAGCCUUGUGUGGAUGGACGAGGAGACCAGGCGCUCAGCCAGAGAGAAGGCCGACGCCAUCUAUGACAUGAUUGGCUACCCAAAGUUCAUCCUGGACCCCAAAGAGCUGGACAAAGUCUUCCACGAGUACGACCCAGUGCCUGACCUGUACUACGAGAACGUUAUGCAGUUCUCCAACUUCUCCGCCCGGGUGGCCGCUGACCAGCUUCGCAAGCCUCCGAACCGCGACCAGUGGAGCAUGACCCCCCCAACUGUGAACGCUUAUUAUUCUCCCACCAAAAACGAGGUCAUCUUCCCGGCUGGAAUUCUGCAGUCUCCGUUCUACACGCGGAAUUACCCCAAGGCUAUCAAUUUUGGGGGGAUUGGAGUUGUGGUGGGCCACGAGCUGACACACGCCUUUGACGAUCAAGGACGCGAGUACGACAAGGAUGGCAAUCUCCGGCCCUGGUGGAAGAACUCCUCGGUGGAGGCCUUCAAGCAGCACACCGAGUGCCUGGUGGAGCAGUACGGCAACUACUCGGUCAAUGGAGAAGCCGUGAACGGCAAAUACACUCUGGGGGAGAAUAUUGCGGACAACGGGGGGCUGAAGGCCGCCUACCGGGCCUAUCGGAACUGGGUGAAGAAGAACGGGCAGGAGCCAUCUCUGCCCGCGCUUGGCCUCACCAACGAUCAGCUCUUCUUCGUUGCCUUUGCCCAGGUCUGGUGUUCCGUCCGUACCCCGGAGAGCUCCCACGAAGGACUCGUCACGGACCCCCACAGCCCUUCCCGCUUCCGAGUCAUCGGGACCGUCUCCAAUUCCAGGGACUUUUCCAAGCACUUCCAGUGCAGGCCCGGUGCGCCUAUGAAUCCCCCGCAGAAAUGUGAAGUUUGGUGAGGCUUCCCGCCGAAGAAAAC